CUGCGGAUGAUCGACCAAUCCAGCUUGUGAUAACUGGUAUCCGCAUGCAAAGACUUAAAAGGAAGACUCGGAGAAACCUGUUUGUGAGAUCGCUCCUGACUCGUAAUGGUCCCCCCACGGGACCCGCUUCCCAAUUAAGUACGUCAAUCUUCGAAGUCUUCCCCCAAGUCGUGCUUGGCAAGCCCCACUAUCAGCUCUAAGUUAAUUGUCCUAAUCAUUUAUCUUUCCAUCUUCACUGUUAUUGGAUACUGCGCAAUUAGCCUUGAAGCUUCCCAUCCCAGUUCUUAGGAAGGUGAGGAUGAAGCCGCCUCGCUCAGCCGUGGCUGUACUGCAUUGAGUUUAUAUUGCGAGAAUCAUCAUCCUAAUUUACUUCAUACCAAUGGUCCCGAACAUGAGUGACGAUAUUUCAGCUGAGGGUGACUUCACUUGCCAUCAGUGGCCUUUGGAGCUCUCUGAGUACUUGAAAUUCGAUGGUGAUCAUUGGCCAGACAAUGAUCAAGAUCAGUGUUUUGUUCCUGGCGGGCUUGUUCCCAACCAGUUGAUCUAUCAGAGCUCCGUUGAAGUAAGUGACUUGGGAGGACGUGGCAGCCACGUUGAAGGGUCUGCUAGCUGUGGUAGUACCAGAGACAUUAUUAUCAACGGACGCCAGAAGAAGGAAGGUAGGGAGAGAUUUGCAUUCAGAACAAGGUCAGAGGUUGAAGUGCUGGACGAUGGCUACAAGUGGAGGAAGUAUGGGAAGAAGAUGGUGAAGAAUAGCCCAAAUCCAAGGAAUUACUACAGGUGUUCAGAGGAAGGAUGCCCUGUGAAAAAGAGAGUGGAGAGAGAUGGGGAUGAUCCCAGGUAUGUCAUAACAACCUACGAAGGCAUCCACACGCACAGCAGUUUUUACUAGCUCCAACGCUAUUCACCCUUUUCUUACUGCCUGGGGAUUUACAUUGCUCUUAAUCAUUGCAGUAGCCUGCUCUAUGUCAAACUGUUUGGUGCCUUCGUGGCUCAUUCUAAGAAGCUAAUAAAAAGUAAUCCCCCACAUG